AACAAGACCAAACCAAAGCCAACGCACGGAGAAAGAGUACAAGAGGGAGGAGAAAAAAAGAACCCCAAAGCAAAGUCAAUACGAACGACCCGGCUAUCCCUCUCUCUCUCUCUCUCUCUCCCCUCUGUCUGUCUGUCUCUGUGUGGACAUACAGCUACGGAAUCGAGACGGGUUUUCAUCUUUAGCGUCGGUUUUUUCCUCCCCACCCUCACCCCUUCUCUCACUUCUCAUCGCGUGGGCAGUGGGGAGAGUCGUCGCGCUUGGUGACCCAUCUUCGUAAUUCGGUUCUUUCUGGGUCGGCGGCGGGCGCGGAGCUGGUUUCUGCUCGUUUCGGUUCGGUGGAACCAGUAAAGAGGUAGAUGGUAGGUGGCAGAGGGCGCCAGUGAGCGGUGGAGGCUGAAUUAUAUGGGCAAUUUAUGCUGCUUCAAGUCUCUGUAUUCUCAGCUUGUAGGAGGGCGGUCCUCAUGUAGCUCCGGCAAGGGGAGGAGCCAUCAGAGCCCCGUCAAAUAUGGCUUUAGCUUAAUAAAAGGGAAAGCAAAUCAUCCCAUGGAAGAUUACCAUGUUGCGAAAUUUUUUCGGACCCAAGGCCGUGAACUUGGUCUUUUUGCCAUCUUUGAUGGGCAUCUAGGAGAUAGCGUUCCUGCGUACCUACAGAAGCAUCUCUUCCAUAAUAUCCUGAAUGAGGAUAACUUUUGGACUGAUCCCAGCCGAUCUAUUGCUAGAGCCUAUGAGAAAACAGAUCAAGCAAUCUUGACACACAACCCUGACCUAGGACGUGGUGGGUCCACAGCCGUCACUGCAAUCCUUGUAAAUGGGCGCGAAUUGUGGGUUGCAAAUGUUGGAGAUUCCCGGGCUGUACUUUCAAGGAAAGGGGAGGCAGUACAAAUGUCUACAGACCAUGAGCCUAACACUGAGCGAGGUAGCAUUGAGAACAGAGGUGGAUUUGUCUCGAACAUGCCAGGAGAUGUUGCAAGAGUGAAUGGCCAGUUGGCAGUGUCUCGUGCUUUUGGAGACAAGAACCUCAAAUCGCACUUGCGGUCUGAUCCCGAUAUAAAAACCUCCAUCAACGAGGAAACUGAUUUUCUCAUCCUUGCGAGUGAUGGUUUAUGGAAGGUCAUGUCUAAUCAGGAGGCAGUCGACAUUGCUCGGAAGAUGAAGGACCCUUUGAGGGCAGCCAAGAGCCUCGCGGCUGAAGCGGUAAAAAGAGAUAGUAAGGAUGACAUAUCCUGCAUCGUUGUUCGUCUAAAGGUGUAGCACCGAAGCCUUGUAUAUUAACGGUAUAGGGGCAAAAAAUGCUGCAACAUUCGCUUGUUGGCGUUGUUGCCAUGAUUCCACCGGUUCAUAAUCCAGCACAAGUUUGGAGGAAAAGAAAUGAAUUCCGAAUUAGGUGAUAGCUUGUGAAUUUUAAAUUCUGUAAGUCAUACAUAAAGUUACUGCACUCGUGUGUGCGGCUUGCUGUUGGUUUGUUCCUUCCAAUAUGUAGGUUCAUUUGCAAUUCGUGCUUGUAAUUUGCUCAUAGUUUACGAAGCUGUGCGAAUACAUAAGUGGAUUUAUUUAUUUGAUAAAAUGAGUGUUAUUAUGUGGCAA